GUCUGUACGACGUUAACAUCACUUCUGUUAAAUAGGAAACAGCGUGAGGACUCUGAAACUACUCUUGACUGAGAUAAUCGACGUGUUUGGGAUUCUCACCAUGACUUCUGCAGGAUUACCAGCAGCUCUGUGGAUUGUGCUUCUUCAGCUCACAUUCUCGGCUUCAGGUUCAUAUCCCAGAGCACAGAAUGUCACUUGGCAAUCAGUCAACUUUAAAACUCUUCUGACAUGGCAGCCAAAACCUGCGCCCGAUUAUACCUACACAGUAGACUACUACGGGAACGAUGGGAACAAAAAGAGGAACACUCACUGUAUCCGGUCCUCGGACACAGUGUGCGAUCUCUCCAGCUCUUUGACCGACGUGAAAGAUUGCUACACGGCUGAUGUCUCAUCUGAACCCCCUCUCGGAGUGACCUCUGACCUCGUUGAGUUUCCCCACACAAGCUCGCCGCGGUUCUGCCCUUACACAGACACUGAUAUAGGCAGACCUGACUUCAAAGUGGAAGUGAGCAAAGACAAAAGGACCACCACCCUGUAUGUGACUGACCCACUCACGGCUCGGUUUAAGGAUGGCCGCCAGCUCAACAUCAGGGAUAUCUUCUCCGACGAGCUAAAGUAUAAAGUCACCUAUCGGAAGAAUAAGAGCAGUGGCAAGAAAUUUUACAUCUCUGACACUAAUCGGAUAGAGCUCACUACUCUGGACAGGGGAGAGAGUUACUGCUUCGAAGUCCAAGCUUUCAUCCCCAGCCGCAGCAUCAACAAGCAGCUAGGAGAGCUGAGCAUACCCCAGUGCUCUGAUGACGAUGGCACGUCCCUCUUGGAAGAGUAUUCAGUGGUUACAAUCGCUGUUUUCAUCCUCCUCUUCCUGCUUCUGAUUGGAAUCAUCAUCGCCGUCACAGUGGUCUGCUACAAACGCAGACAGAAAGCUCUGAGAACUCCGCACCUGGAUGUUUGAUCCACUGAUUUUGAUCAUCAAGAUCAAGUCUUAUAUUUCAGUGUCAAACACUGGAAACUAUCCUUUUAGUUUCUGGGAAACUAGAAUAGACAGUAUAGACUCUGAAUAAAAACACGUUUAUGCUGAGAAAAGAAGAGGCAUUACAACAGUCCUGCUGUAUUCACUACCAGUUUUAUGUAUGUUGUAUUUCACUACACUUUUAACCAUGAAUGGUUAUCAGGAUUAUACAUUUGGGAGCUCGGUGUGCACGACAUUUCUAUGAAAGUCAAUGCUUUGUACCGUAUUUUUGUAUGCAGUGCUUUAUUUAUUGCUUUAAAUGAAUCAACUAUUUAUAUGAAGCUGUUCUUUAACUAAAAUUGAUUAUAUUUUUUGUAUGUGUGAAAAUAUUUUAAAAGCACAACCACUUUGUAGAUUAUAAAAUGAUUGAAAUGAUGAAUGUAAAGAAAUGUUACUUUUGUAAGAAAUGUUUGUUUAAUAGUUAUGCCACUGUAGAACUGAUAAAGGAGAGCACU